AUGGAAAUGUCAUUGAUUGUUGCUUUAAUUAUUGGUACAGGUCAUGAAUUAGAAGAUGAAAUAGCUUAUCAAUUAGGAAAAAAAGGUAUAUGUGUUUUAUUUUGUGGAAAUAAACUUGAAGGAGUAAUCAAGACAUUAAAUGAUGAAGGUAUCGAACCGAAAUUUAUUGUAUUUGAUACUAUUGAUCUUAAAACAAUUGACAGAGUGAUUGGACAAAUUAAUGAACAAUUCGGAAAAUUAGAUAUAUUAAUUAAUGUUGGAAUCUUACUUGAUAAUGGUCAAUUUAAAAUAAAUAUCAUGUUACGGCAAGGAUUUGAAGCAAAAGGAUUUUUUGAUACAUUGACUGUAUCACAGGCAUUUAUACCUUUGCUUCAAAAAUCUCCUUCCAGUUGUGUAAUUAAUGUCUAUGGUAAAAUGAAUGAUCAGAAUUCCAGAUUGAAAUCAUUGACUGGAUUAUUUCAGGAUUGUUCAUCAAAAAUUGCAUUACAUCAAUUUAUCGAUCAUUUUAAUAAACAAUUUAGUAAUACAAAUAUUAAGAUUAAUUCUGUUACAAUUGGUGAUGAUAAGAAUGUGCAAACCAUACAAAAAGAAGCUAAUCGUAUCGUUCAUUUAGCACUUUUGCCUUUUGUACAACCUUCAAAAUCUAAGACAAUGCGUAUUCUUUACGGCGUGGUGGGAGAGGGAAUGGGUCAUGCAACACGAGCUAAAGUCGUUCUUGAAAUGCUCAUGAUGGAACAACAUCAUGUUAAAGUGGUGGUGAGUAAUCGUGCAUACAAAUUUCUUGAUGAAAAUUUUUCAAAUCGAUUUUCACGUUGUGCCACAGCGAGGGAAGGUGAAGCAGCGAUAGAUAUAGUUGAAAUCGAAGGUUUAACAAUGCAAUAUGUUAAUAAUGUAUUUGAUGAGAAAGCUUCAGUAUUACACACCAUGCAACGUAUGCCAAAUAUGCUUCAGAAAAACAUGGGUGCAUAUUAUCAAAAUCUUGUUUUUUGGAAGCCUCAAGCCGUUAUUAGUGAUUUUGACAGUUUUGCUUACAUUUUUGCUAAAUCACAUGGGCUUCCGAUUCUUUCAAUCGACAAUCAACACGUUGUGCAGCGAUGCUUAAUUCCAGAUGAAGCUAGAGAAUCUAAUCCAAAGGCAUUCAAUACAUAUAAAAGUUUUGUCAAAGCUAAACUUCCAUAUUGUGAUCAUUACAUCAUUACUGGAUUUUUUACUCCCGAAAUUCAUAAUAACUACAAAGCUAAAACAAUACUUGUUCCACCAAUUCUUCGUCAGGCUAUUCUUGAUGCCAAACCAUUACCAUCUGAACAUGGUGAACAUUUUCUUGUUUAUCAAAGUAGCAAAAGUGACACGUCUCUUAUUUCUACUUUGCAAGCUUUUGGUGAAAAAUGUAUUAUUUAUGGAAUUGGUCGUGAAGAAAAAAUUGGUAAUCUGGAAUUCAAAGGUUUUUCUGAGCAGGGUUUUGUAGAUGAUUUGGCACGUGCCAAAGGUGUCAUUGCCAAUGGUGGCCUUUCGCUUAUGAACGAAGCAGUAAGCUUACAGCGACCAUUUUUUAGUGUACCGGUCGAGAAUCAGUAUGAGCAAGUACUUAACGCAUGGUAUUUACAAAAGCUAGGCUAUGGAGUCUUUGCCGAUAAAAUAGAGCUUCAAGCACUUCGCGAUUGGGCACAAAACAUUCCAAAGUAUGCAAAAGCCCUUUCAGACUAUCACCAUGAUUCGAAUAUGCAAUNUGAAAGAAUCGGAAGCCCAUGUGAUUUAGCAAAAAUGUAA